CUUUCAACUCUUCACUUUUUUAUAUACUCUGACAUUUAUAUGAGAUAUAUUGUUACACUGUUUUCGUUACGUCGAAUAGAAUCUGUUUGAUACUGCAGUCAUAUUGGCCUACGAUGAAAUCACGUCACGUUUUUCCAAUUAAAUCACAAUUUCAUAAGGUUCCACAUCUACAUAUAAUCUUUCUGAUCAAAGUUGUAGUACUAUUAUAAUAAAGUGGAGCUAUGAAGUGAUGAAAGACAUCAAAUUGAGGACAUAAAACAGCACAGUUUGGAUGGAUUACAGUGCAUCACAGAGUAAAUAAAUUACAGUACGCAGUUUCAGUUUUGUUGUGGGAGAUAACCACUAAAUCUAAAGGAAGGAUUGGAACUGAAGACAGAUUAGCCAUGACUUUUCAAAAGUACAACUUGCACUACAGGACUUCAAGUGUGAGGUUUUGUUCGUCACAUCUCAAGGUGGCCAUGUUCAGCCCCUCUGAAUUAAGAGAAGAGGUGGAUCACUCCUUUUUUGACAGUGAUACUGAAAAAGGUGAUUGGAACAAGACUGACUCAAAACCUGCAGCGACGACGCCAACGAAUGGAAUAUCAGCAUCACCGAAUAGAGAGAAAGGAAAGCAUGGAAAAGGUGACCACAGCAGUGGAGCAGGAAGCGAGAAAAACUCAACUAAAGAGGAGGCUAGCUCUGUUUCCUCGGUUAAAACCACCCCACGUAAAAUAGUUGAUGAUGACUUCGAACGCGGCGACAAUGUUCCGUCCACUAAGUCAACUUUAAGGUUGAUGGCUUUUCUAGCCAAGGAAUCGAAUGCUCAUGGUGCUUUCAGUGGCAACUCAACUGAGUCUGAACAAGAAAAGACUCCUUUAAAAUACUCAAAUCGGAGGAGUAAAAGAUCUCCAAAGAAGUUUGUAAGAAGACAACGGCAGCUAAGCUCUUCGUCCUCUUCGAGCGAUGCAGACGUGAAGUCAGACAGCUCUCACUCAGACAACCGUGCUGCUGGCAGCCCGACAAGAGCAUCAAAUGGUCUUGGAACAUUCAAUCUGAAAAAGGAGGAGCAGCACCAGACGAGCUCAGACAAUUCAGAGGAUUCAGUAACAGAUGUGAGCCCUCUCUCCUCGCCCUGCGUCAGUCCUCUUCAGUCUCAGGACCAGAGCCAUAAAGGCAUGAAAGACCCAGGCGUUGAAGAAGUCCAGCAACAAGACAGUGCACCAUCGAGUAGCCUCAGUCACAUCCAUCAGGAGGAUGAAUCGCAUUUAGAUGACGACGACUCUUCCUUCAGCUCGGAAUGUCAGUUCCAAGACCAACUGCUUUUGAGACUCCCCCGUCCAAACACCAGGAAGAACUUCUCCUUCAGUAACGAUGAGGUGCGGCGCAUCGAUCGAGAAAACCAGCGACUCCUGCAGGAGCUGUGUCGCAUCUCUCCCAGGUCCAGGCCGGGAAGUGCUGCAGGGCAGCGAUCCCACUUUGGCAACGGCGCUACCUACGUCCGACCUUCGCACAGCGCCUUGAACAGACAGAGGGAGCAGAAGCGCAUUGAAAGAGAGAACCUGGCCUUUCUGAAGAGACUGGAGGCCGUGAAGCCCACGCGUGGUUUGAAGCGAUCCGAACAACUCGCCGACUACCAUCGCAAAACUGGAUACCGAGGUGGAGGUCCGUUUGGCUACUCGUACAUGGAAAAACAGGAGCUGGCAUCUAGCAGAAUGUGGUCCGCCAACAGGGGUCAGCGCACCACCAGUGCCUCGCCCCAUGAUGCCAGUCCAGCUUCAGUCAACUCCAACGCCGCUACCCGAACCACGUCAGCUCACAAACCAAAGAAAGCCAGCCACCCCCGGCCUCUUCCUGCCUGGCAGUGACGCUGCAUCCUCCUCCUGUACCGGGAGACGUGUCAUGCUUAUUUAUUUCCUUAGUGACACAAAGAUAGGGAUCAACAGAUCGGCUGUUAGAUAAAAGAAGAAAUCCAAGAUGUUCUAAUAUCAAGUCGAAACACAUGCAAAUAUUAGAUGAAUUUAAAACAACUUUGCCACUGUAAUGAAACUUGUGUUUGUACUUAAAAUUCUGAUUGUAAAAUAUAGUGCUUUUCUUGAAUAAAGUUGCUUCUUUUCCUGCAAUUGCAUCAUUUUAAAGUCAGUAGUGAAAGACUACAAGAAAGAAAAAGGUCCAGAAGAGUUAAAUAAUGAAUCUUUAUUGUUAAUAAAACAGAGCAUGAGAUAUGGAUAUAGAGGAAGGAUGGUCACAACCUUUGAUCCUUGAAAAUCCUGACCCACCAUACUGACAAACGUGUGGUGGUGCCAGCCCCAGGCGGCUGGACACAAAGCUCCGAGGGAACGUGUUACCUGGAGCAAAUGUGCCAGGCUUCCCCACAGCGGUUCAAUGCAUCACAGGUUGUGACCCACUAUGACAAUGACUUAAGACAACGUGAAGGGUUUCCUAGCGGACCAGCAGAGAUCACUGGGACUUAUGUGUACUUCUUGAUCUCGUCGUACAGGACCAACACAAAGGCACCGCCCAUGCCUCUGAUCACGUUGGACCAUGCGCCCUUAAAGAAGGCUUUUGACCCCUCGUCCUUCAGGAUUUUCCUCCAGCAGUCGAUUGUUCCCUUGUACAUGAUG